GAAAUGACGUGGAGCAAAUAGCAAAACAAAAGGCACGUGGACGCAGCUUUUACUUUGUUCUCGGAGCUCCGCUGAACGACAGAGAGCUUCCGGAAGAUGGCGCUUGUUGACAGCGAACAAGGAGGCGAGUGACGAGUCUUCCAGUACCCGCAAAGUUAUGAAUAAAACACCUGGGAACUAUCUAUUUAAAAAAAAAAAACAGCGUUUUUAAUCGUGAAGACAAUGAUAUUAAAAUAAAAAGUGGCGGUAAUUUAGGUCCUUGUUUAUGACUGUAUUCGUUUUUUUUAUUUUAUUAUUUUAUUUAGUUCGAGCCACACAUUUCUCCCCAGGGAAGUCGCGCGAGCUGAGCCCCGACAGACGCCUCCCGCGUUGACAGAGACCGGACGCCCCUAUCGCGCGUUCUUGGAGGGCGCCUGAGCACAGCUGCUCCUUAAUUGGCUCCCGGAGCUCCAUUCAGCCAACAUCCCAUCAUUCCGAGCGCAACAGUGGAAAAGGUUGGCAGCCAGCGUGGGAUAGACCGGGUUCCGGCUGGGCUGCGUGCUGCACUUUACAAGAUCCACGGCAGCCGUGUGUCGCACCCGGGAGCAGCGAGAGCCCUACACGUCCAGUGGAGUACCUCCCAAGGUUGAGUUGUAAAUGCAUCAGGAGUGUAGCUCCCAGAAUGAAGAAGACAACAAGAUCUGCUGUCACAACAUCAAAGGGUGUGGGGAUCAGUAAGACGCUGGUUCCAGAAAGAAGCAAGUCUGAAAGCUCUACAGCAGUAGCAGCUUUACCACCCAAGGCCAGCUCAAAGCCUAGUUCUGUUGCUCCACUGUCUAAGACAAAAAGUAGCGAUGAUCUGCUGGCAGGGAUGGCUGGUGGCCUGCAUGUAAAUAACUCUAAUAACAUCAAGGUCAAGAAAAACGGCACUGUUGUCGGAUCUUCUGCUCCCACAGCUCCUGGGGUGACAACUGAAAAUAAGGCCAAGAACAGCACAGGUUCAUAUGCUAAACGAAGUUCUUCUCUCAGUGCGAAAGAGGUGAAUUCCUCCAGAGACAGACAAAGGGAUCGAUCUCGAACUAGCACAAGCAAAAAGCUAUCAUCCACAACAACAGGAACAAAUGAUGUGACUCUUGCCAAACGCUCCCGCAGCCGUGUACUGGCAGAAUCUGAGGCUCGAAUGAGCAAGUCAAAAUCGGAUAGUCAGAUUAAUGACAAGGCAGCGCUAGAAGCCAAAGUUAAGGAUCUUUUAGGUUUAGCAAAGAGUAAAGAUGUUGAAAUUUUGCAUCUACGAAAUGAACUUCGAGAUAUGCGGGCACAGUUAGGCUUGGCAGAGGAAGCCUCAGAAGAAGAGAAGGUUGAUGAAAAGGAGGUUGUUCCCAUCAUUACUCAGGCAACAGAUGUAGAAUCCACUCUCUUACAGCUCCAGGACCAAAAUAAUGCCAUCAGAGAAGAGCUCAACCAAUUGAAAAAUGAGAACCGCAUGCUCAAGGACAGACUGAAUGCUUUGGGGUUCUCUUUAGAGCAAAGACUUGACAACUCUGAGAAGAUUUUUAGUUUCCAAUCUCUUAGUCCAGACUUAACAACAGUUAAUAGUCAUAGUGAUGGAGGUUGCCCCUUGACCUCCUCAGUUGAAGGUUCUACUCCUGGAUCUAUGGAGGACCUUUUGAGCCAAGAUGAGAACACUUUAACAGAGAAUCAACGUAGCAGUUCAGUGGAUAAUCUAGACAGUGAAUCCAGUGAAGUUUAUCAGCCAAUCACUUCCAGUGAUGAUGCUCUAGAUGCACCUUCUUGCUCCUCUUCCUCUGAGUCGGAAGGUAUCCCAAGUCGGGACCGAUCUCGCAAAGGCAGUAGUGGGAAUGCAAGUGAGGUGUCUGUUGCCUGCUUGACAGAAAGAAUUCACCAAAUGGAGGAAAAUCAGCAUAGCACAGCCGAAGAGCUUCAGGCCACCUUACAGGAACUUGCAGACCUCCAGCAAAUUACCCAGGAGCUGAAUGCUGAGAAUGAAAGACUUGGGGAAGAGAAAGUCAUCCUGAUGGAUUCCCUUUGCCAGCAAAGCGACAAGUUGGAACACUAUGGCCGGCAAAUUGAAUACUUUCGUAGCUUGUUAGAUGAGCAUCAUAUUUCCUAUGUUAUAGAUGAAGACAUAAAAAGUGGUCGUUAUCUAGAGCUGGAGCAGCGCUACAUGGAGCUUGCAGAAAAUGCUCGUUUUGAAAGAGAACAACUUCUUGGAGUCCAGCAGCAUCUGAGCAACACUUUAAAAAUGGCAGAGCAGGACAAUAAAGAGGCUCAAGAGAUAAUUGGGGCCUUGAAGGAAAGAAAUCACCACAUGGACCGCAUCAUAGAGUCUGAGCAAAAGGGCAAAGCAGUGCUCAGUGCUGCCCUGGAGGAGUAUAAAAACACAGUUGCCAAUGACCAAUUAGAGCUGAACCGCUUCAAGGCACAGCUGGACCAGGAAAGGCAGAAAGUGGCUGAACUGUAUUCCAUCCACAACUCGGGAGACAAAAGUAAUAUUCAGGAUUUGCUAGAAAAUGUACGUCUGGACAAAGAGAAGGCAGAGGUUUUAGCUGCUAAUCUGCAAGAGGAGCUCAGCCAUACACGCAGUGAGGCCAACCGUCUGCAAGACAACAUUGCCAAGAUUGAGGCAGAAUACAGAGUGUUUCAGGAUGAAGCUAAGAACCAAAUUGCUGACCUGAAACUGAGUCUGGAUAAGCUACGCUCGGAGCUAGAUGAGAAGGAGACAGAGAUCAGUGACAUGAAGGAGACUAUCUUUGAGCUAGAGGAUGAGGUGGAGCAGCACCGUGCUGUGAAGCUGCAUGACAAUCUUAUAAUCUCAGAUCUUGAGAAUUCAGUAAAAAAACUUCAGGAUCAAAAGCAUGACAUGGAGAGAGAAAUCAAAAUCCUUAAUCGGAGACUGAGGGAAGAAUCUGCUGAGUGGCGUCAGUUUCAGGCAGACUUACAGACCGCAGUUGUAAUAGCUAAUGACAUCAAGUCUGAAGCACAGGAGGAGAUUGGUGACCUUAGACGUCGGCUUCAAGAAGCUCAGGAGAAGAAUGAGAAACUGAGCAAGGAGUUAGAAGAGGUGAAAAAUCGCAAACAAGAUGAAGAGAGAGGUCGGGUGUACAACUACAUGAAUGCAGUGGAACGUGAUCUGGCAGCUCUUCGACAGGGAAUGGGACUGAGCCGCCGCUCCUCUACCUCUUCUGAGCCAUCCCCAACCGUCAAGACUUUGAUCAAGUCCUUUGAUAGUGCCUCUCAAGUUGUACCAAAUGUUGCAGCUGCAGCAGCAGCUGCUGCUGCUGCUGCUGCCAUUCCUCGAACCCCACUGAGUCCCAGUCCCCUGAAGACCCCUCCAGCUGCUGCUGUUUCUCCCAUGCAGAGACAUUCCAUAAGUGGCCCAAUUUCUUCACCAAAACCACUGUCUUCUCUAGCAGAUAAAAGGACAAGCUAUGCAGAAAUGAAUAUGCCAGUUUCUCGCAGAAGCAGUGAAGAGGUGAAGCGAGACAUUUCUGUUGCAGACAGUGCUUCUACUGCCUCACUGAUGGCAAUGGGAUCUGCCUCCCCUCAACUGUCACUAUCAACAUCUUCUCCAACUGCUUCAGUCACUCCCACAGCUCGGAGCCGUUUAAGGGAGGAGCGGAAGGACCCUUUAUCAGCACUCGCUCGGGAAUAUGGAGGAUCCAAGCGAAAUGCUUUGUUAAAGUGGUGCCAAAGAAAAACUGAAGGGUAUCAGAACAUUGACAUCACAAAUUUCAGCAGCAGCUGGAACGAUGGUCUAGCAUUCUGUGCCGUCCUCCAUACCUACCUGCCGGCUCACAUUCCCUAUCAUGAGCUAAACAAUCAGGACAAGAGAAGAAAUUUUACUCUUGCUUUCCAGGCUGCUGAGAGUGUUGGCAUUAAAUCAACUCUAGAUAUCAAUGAGAUGGUACGCACUGAACGGCCUGAUUGGCAAAGCGUCAUGACCUAUGUCACUGCCGUUUACAAGUACUUUGAGACCUGAACCCUGCUGUCCUGUGCUGCUCUGCACAGUAGCCGACCACUACACCAGAACAUUUCACAGAGACUCCACUGCUGUGGUUCCUCUGCAACAAUUGUAGAUGGCGAGAGUCUGUAAUAAAACCAGAUCUUCAGCCACCUGCAGUCCAAAAUACUGUGCCAACUUGUUGCUGCAACAAGGUUAAAACACUGCUAGGUUUAUCAAACGGUAGCAUUUAAUUAUCGGGGGAUUUAACUACAGGCAUGUGGUAUUGAAGAGGAACUACUUGUGUAUUGGUUUGAGUGGCGAUACAUCAAAUGUAGACAAGUGCAUUUAUCAAUAAAUACUUACCUAUGCAAUUGGGACUGGGGUGAAAAGAGAAAUGAACAAACACAGUUGUAAAACAUAUUACAUUAAUGUUUCAACUAAUUAGUUCCCCUUGACCAGAAAGUAAAUUCUGUUCUAAAACAUUUGAGUAUUUUAUUCCAUAUUGGAUAGCUACAAAGUGAAGCAUUUCAUUGGAUGGUAUGGAAGCUAGUGACUGGAACAUUUCUGUGGGUGUCCUGUGACUUCCCAAACAGAAUACAUCAGAAGGAAGCUUAAAAGAUGACUGGGAACUCCGUUGACUCAGUCACUUCCUUAUUGUGUUGUGUGUGUGUGUGUGUGUGCAUGGAGCUCUCAACUACAGAGUUUUUCAAAACUUUAAAGCAAUAUCUUUCAGCACCCUGCUAAGCCUACUGUAAAAGUGCAGGUUUUUGCUACUCAGUAAAAGGUAGCCAUUCAAAAAUUACAAAAGUGUGGUGAAUUGGCACUUACAGGAGCAGUUUAGUGCUGGAAAUUUGGUAGGCCUAAUGGCUAAAUGUGUCUAGUUGGUUGGUUUAAGUACAAAUGGAACUCCAUGUGUCUAGACUGUCAAAGUCAGUGAGACUGGCGGAGGGCCUCUAAGUGCAGCAGUAUUAGUCGGAGAGCCUUACUUCAGCCUGUCUGCAACCCAGGAAGGGAUAUGCAUUGAGUGACAUUUCUUUUUGUUGUGUUUUUGGUUUUACAGUUUUCACCACUUCUUACAACACGAGUCUCCCCAGCAGCAACAGUGUUGGUAACAAUGCACUUGGUGAAUUUCACUCUUUGUUAUCAACAAUCUGGCAAGAGGGAGCAGAAAGUUGAAGUUACCCUUCUCCCUUGUAGUGAACACGUUCAAGUUUCUGAAGUCUAAGAUCAGAAUUUUGCAAUAGUUUAAUCUCCCCCCCCCCCCCCCCCCCAAUAGAAAGUCCAGUGUAGUGUUUACAUGUCCUUAUGACUAAUGUUAUUUGUUUUAGUGGGAAAGCACAAAUGUUAUAGAAAAAAAAAAACUGCCAGUUUCUUUUAGAUGGGAUUUUGUACUACAGUAUCAUAUGCUGCAUUUGUUGAGCACAGUUUGAUAUCAUGGAGCAUUAAACUUUGUUGUUAUUCAUAGAAAUUACAUACCUUAA